GGCUUCGGCAGACAGAAAGGGAAAACUGAAAGAUGCAAACAAUGGAUUCAAAUUCACAUCAGCCUGAUAAGGAGUGCAAUGAAAUGGAUGGAGUGCUUUACAAAGAAACUGAAAAAUCAAAAAAGACCUGCUGCUCCAAACUAAAAAUGUUUAUAAUGGCUCUGUCCUUUGCCUACUUUGCAAAAGCACUGUCUGGGAGUUACAUGAAAAGCUCUAUAACUCAAAUAGAGAGACGUUUUGACCUCUCCAGCUUCAAAGUUGGCCUGGUUGAUGGAGGUUUUGAAAUUGGUAACUUGUUACUUAUCAUCUCUGUCAGUCACUUUGGAGCCCGAAUGCAUCGACCCAGAUUAAUUGGAAUCGGCUGUCUCCUUAUGGCAGUAGGCUCAUUUUUGACUGGAGUGCCACAUUUCUUUAUGGGACGGUAUAAUUAUGAAACAUCGAUAAAGACAAUGGAGAACAUUACUAAUGGCAUCUUGCCAUGUUUAGCAGUUCAAAAUCAAACUACGAUUGAUCACACCUCUACAAAAUCAACUAAUAGUGCAAAUUCAGACUGUGACAGACAUUCUGCAUCAAAUAUGUGGGUAUAUGUGUUUUUAGGGAAUGUUCUUCGUGGAAUUGGAGAAACACCUGUAGUGCCUUUAGGCAUUUCAUACAUUGAUGAUUUUGCAAAAGCAGAAAAUUCUGCAUUCUACAUAAGCUGUCUGCACACCAUCACUCUUCUUGGCCCAAUGUGUGGAUUUCUGCUUGGAUCACUAUGUGCUAAACUAUACGUAGACAUUGGGUUUGUGAAUACAGACAGUGUAACCAUCACACCUAAGGAUGCACGCUGGGUUGGAGCUUGGUGGCUGGGAUUUCUUGUUUCUUCUGUGGUGAUGCUACUUUCCAGCAUUGCAUUCUGGUUUUUGCCAAAGUCUCUACCUAAGCAAGGAGAAGGAAAUAAAACAAAAAACUCACAUGAAUUAUUAAAGGAGAACUCCUCAGUGCCUUCAAAUGUUUCUUCUGAAAAGCUGUCUGGAAUAGUGAAAGGGUUCAUUCCAUCUCUCAGGAAGCUGUUAGGAACUCCACCGUACUUCUUGCUUUUGUGUAUGAGCAUUAUGCAUUUCAAUUCUUUCAUUGGUUUAAUAACUUUUAAAGCGAAAUAUAUGGAACAACAUUUUGGGCAAUCUGCAUCGAAGGCAAAUUUUCUUAUAGGAAUAAUACAAUUACCUGUGGUGUCUGCUGGAAUCUUCACGGGUGGACUUAUAAUGAAAAAAUAUAAGCUGUCUGUAGUUGGGGCAGCACAGUUAUCCUUUGGAGCCAGCUUAGUGGGUUAUGUUUUUUUGAUGUCACAAAUGGGCAUUACAUGUGAUAACUCAAAUGUUGCUGGUUUGACAGUAGCAUAUGAUGGGAAACCUCAGCUUUCCUACAGUGAAACAACACUACUAUCCCAAUGCAAUAAUGGCUGUGCUUGCUCACUGAAGCAGUGGGACCCUGUUUGCGCUUACAAUGGAAUCACAUAUGUGUCUCCUUGCCUUGCUGGCUGCAAGUAUUCCUCUGGAGCUGGAAAAAGCACCGUUUACCAUAAUUGUAGCUGUGUGGAUUUAGCACCACUUUUAUCAAGAAAUUCUUCCACUAUUUUAGGUCAAUGCCCAAGAAAAAAAGAGUGCAGUGUGAGUUUUAUUAUCUACAUGGUGAUAACAACUAUAGGGGCUUUUAUAAACUCAGUAGGAGGCACUCCAGGAUACAUGGUCAUUAUCAGGUGCAUCAGCCCUGAACUAAAGUCCCUUGCUGUUGGAUUACAAAAUUUAGUCAUAAGAACACUUGGUGGGAUUCCUGCACCUGUUUACUUUGGAGCGCUGAUUGACACCACAUGUUUGAAAUGGGGCAUUAAAAAGUGUGGAGGCAAAGGGGCCUGCAGGUUGUACAACAUUGAAGCUUAUAGGUAUAUUUUUAUUGGACUGAUGACUGCCUUGUCAGGAACUGGCUUCCUUUUUCAGACUGCUGCUAUAGUACUGCUACGUGCAAAAUACAAGUCCUCACAGAAAAACACUGCUGAGGAUGCUCAUGGACAAGCUGAGACAGAAACUAUCAAAAUGGUACAAAUGAUGGCAAAUCAGGACAACCAGGCAAAUAAAUCAUUAGACCAUAAAGAUGAAUAACACGAGGCCCACAUUCACCUUCAGAUACAUUUUUCUAUGUCCACUGCUCAACUGAAUGGUACCGCAGCACUAGAACAGCAAUGGUGACCUAUUUUCUGUUCUGCUCCUUUAGACAACAGAACCCAGAAUUUCAAAUUAAGCACCUCCGAUUUUCUACAUUUUCUAUGCUUCCCACCAAUACCCAUUGCAAGGACUAUCUUAUAGCAGAAUUUCCAAAUACAUGUACUGCAUUAUUUCACUGUCAAUAUUUUUUUCCUAGCCAUUUCCCCAUUAUUUACAAUUAUUACAUCUAUAAUUACUUAAAGAGUGGGACGGAUGUUUUACUGUGGAACCGUGGCUGUCAUAUGCUAAAUUUAAAAUCAAUGAAUUAUAUACUAACAUUUUAACUUGAAGCAAGAUAUUUUUUAAAGCUGAAAAAAAUGUUUAUAUUUUUCUGUCAAUGCAUUUCAAUUCUUUAUUCAAAAUAAAUGAAAAACUUGAACUUGGAUUUGAUUUUGUUGUUGCAAGUUCACAUUUUUCUAAAAGGUUGACCCUCAUUAC